AUGGAGCUCAGUCAACUUCCUCUUGUGCUCUUGCUGAUUUCAAACAUCUACUCUGGACAAACUGAAGGUGUUUCUCCUCCAGUCUCUCUGAUGGUCAGUCCCAGCAGAACUCAACACUUCACAUCUGUCUCUCUCUCUCUGAGCUGUGAGGACCAGAGUAACUCUGCUGGAUGGACAGUGAGAAGAUACAGUGACAGACGGGGGCUGAAAGAUUGUUCAUCAUCAUUGUGGGGAUCACAAACAGGAUCUACUUGUACAAUCAGAAACACCAGCACAGAAGACACUGGAGUGUACUGGUGUCAGUCUGAAUCUGGAGAGAGAAGUCAUCCUGUUAAUAUCACUGUACACUCUGGUGUGAUUCUGGAGAGUCCUGUUCAUCCUGUGACUGAAGGAGAAACUCUGACUCUACGCUGUUUAGAUCAAAAUACAACCUCACCAAACCUCAGAGCUGAAUUCUAUAAAGAUGGGUCACUCAUCCAGAGUCAAACUACAGAUAUGAUCAUCUCUACUGUCUCAAAGUCACACGAGGGUUUCUACUCCUGCAAACUCCCAGAGAGAGGAGAGUCACCCGAGAGCUGGAUCUCAGUCACAGGCGAGAGUCAAUCAAACUUGUCUCAUUCAGGAUCUCAGAUCUCUGUCCUCCACACACUCAGUUCUGUACUGGCAGUUUGUCCAUAUCUGCUCGUGACAGUCGUGCUGAUCUUCAAAUGCUGCAGGAUGAGAGUUGGAUCUGUUGAAGAACAAGAAACUUCAAUCUGAUCUUUAUCUGUUGUGAUGGUGAGAAAACUCCAGCUUCAUCCUGGAAUCUUUCAGUAUCUCAGUUCAGACUGAACAUGACUUACUGUAAAAGUCAAUUUUUUGGGAGUGACUACUUUUGACAUCUCACAGUUGUUAAAGUCAACAUGAACCAGCAUCACAACUCUUUUGACUUCUGAGUGAGACAGAAUAUUCAAUGAGAAAAUGUGUAGAGAAGAACUUGAUUUUAUCGUUCAGGAAUUAAUUGUAUUGUAAAAAAAUUAAUAAAACAAAA